GGCGGUUCUGUCGGAUUUUUAUUGUGAUUGCAAGGUUAUUUACGGAAUUCCGAGUAUAAAUGAGUUAAGAGAGUUCAUAUGUGGCGGAAAAACUACUGAUACUAACAUGUUAUGAUGAGGCCUCCUGAUGGCGGGUGCUCACCUCAUUUACCGCGUAUCAGUGAAGUUAAUCCUCACCAAUCUGUUAAUUCCUCUGGUCAUGUAAAGCCCACUACGGUGAAAUGUAUUCUCAUAGGUGACAGGCAGGUGGGGAAAACCAGUCUUGUCGUCAGUUACACUUCUAAUGAUUAUCCAGCUGAAUAUAAACCAUCUGCUUUGGAUACCUAUUGUGUCGAAGUCUGUGCUGAUACACGUCCUGUUCAUUUACAAAUUUGUGAUGCUGGUGGGAAAGAAGAAGUUGCAUCGUUAAGACAUCUGUCAUAUUUGGAUGCACAUGUUAUUCUACUAUGCUUUUCUGUUGUUCGACCAGAGUCUUUCAGAUCCUUGAAAACUGUCUGGUUAAAAGAAUUGGCUUCUGCACCUAUCAUUCUUAACAGCGCCGCUGAACAAACUGCAGCAAAAUUAUUCGGUAUACCUACUACUACUACUACUAAAACAGCAACAACUAAUGCUACUUCGUCAUCGUCAAAUACCAAAAGAAGUCUUGAUCACUGUCUACCAGCAUUACUCGUCAAAUCAAAAUCCUCUAUAUGCCCUAAUCGUGGAUUAAAAAGCGCACCUGAAACUGCCACUACUAAUUUAAUACCAGGUCCUACAUUUCUCCUUAUAGGUUGUGCUUGUGAUCUACGCAAUGAUAUUGGACGUUUAUUAGAACUGUCGAAGAUAGGCGAAGAACCAGUCGAUAAAGAGAAAGCUGAGUGUUUAGCUGUUGAAUUAGGCGCUGAAGCCUAUGUGGAGUGUUCUGCACUAACUCAAAAGAAUCUUAAAACUGUUUUCGAUCUGGCUAUUUGGUGUGGUUUAAAAGUAGCUGAUUCUGGUGGUCCACUGCUGCCAUCUGAAUUAAAGUCAAAGGAAGCAUUACCGCAUAAUGGCAACUGUACAAAAACUUCUGUUCAUAAUCGUGCUCUCAGUAAUAAUAAUAAUAGUAAUCAUGUAGGGGUUAAUCAUCGCCUGUCUAGCGUCGUCACCACAACAGAGAAUACCAACAAGUGUAAAACGCUGAAUAAAAAGGGUUGGCGCCGAUUUCUGUGUAUUAAUUCUUAAAAAUAUUCAAAUUAGCAUUUUUCCUCUUGGUGGUGUUAUUGUUGUUGUUAAAAGAGGUUUCGUUUGGCGUGUGUUGCAGCUGUUCCACACUGUUUCGUAGAAAUGAAAAUCAAGUGUCUGAUUUCCUAAAUCUAAGCUUUCUCUUUUGUUUUUUUAGAAAAUGAAUUCUAGUCACAUUUAUGUACACUUUAUGUAUAUUUAAAGCUACUUUGUGUAAUUCAAGUGUGUUGCUUGUAGAAAUAAUUACGACCGUUUGGUUUGGUUCGGUUUGGUUGUGUAUUCAUUUGAUGAAUAAUCUUUGAUAAAGACUUUCUGGGGGUUGUUGUUUUUUUUCUAUGAUUGGAAGGGUAAUAUUUCCCUUUUUAUUAAUACGUACUACUACUCUAGUCCUUUUAACAUUUAUCUCCUAUACAGUUUAAUUGGCCGGUGAUCAUACUAUUUAAAUUUUGUUGACUGACUUGCUACUCUCUUGUAUACCCCCCCAAACACACCCUACGCCCACGCACACCCUAUCCCCCUGAAAACUGUGUGUAUGUAUUUAAACAUUUAAUUUUUUUCCCAUUGUUUUCCUCCCUCAUCACUUUUGUAAAUUGAAUUUUCCUUCCUUCUAUUUCAUUUUCUUUCAAUUGAUAUCCCCUUAAAUCAUGAGAAUCAUGUAAACUGAAUUUUAAAUUUUUGUGAUUACUUAUUAUACUUGGAUUGUAUUCACCAUUGUUGUUUUCUUACUUUUAUUUACCUUGUAUCUCUUAUAUAUAUAUAUGCUGGACUAUUCCUUUGUUUGCCUACACUUUAUGACU